AUGGCGGACGGAAUUUUCGGGCACCCAAUCAGGCGACUGUUAUGGAGCCCCCAAAUCUUCAGGGAAUGGUCCGGUUCCACAGCUCUCAUGGACUGGCUCGAGUCUCCGACUGCCCAUAUCUUCAAAAUCAACGUUCCAGGGUUUAGCAAGGAAGAGAUAAAGCUGCAACUGCAAGAAGGGAACGUGCUUCUCGUCAGGGGAGAAGGCGAGGAGGGUAAUAAUAAGAGAGAGGAGGCGUUGUCCAAGGACGCCGUGUGGCACCUGGCGGAGAGAGGCGCCGGCGGGAAGGGGGAAUUCGCUCGGGAGAUACAACUGCCGGAGAAUGUGAAGGUGGAUCAGAUCAAGGCUCAGGUGGAGAACGGGGUUCUCACCGUCGUUGUGCCCAAAGAUAAUUCCUCGAAGCAAUCUAGAGUGAGGAACAUCGCCAUUUCCAGCAAGCUCUGAGCAAUUGGGCCAAGGUCCAGGCGUGCAUUGAUCUUCUUGGAUCCAUGUUGGCCCGUUGAAAUUGAAGACAUCCUUGGGCCUCAGUGGGUUAGCUGGAUCUCUAUUUGG